CGGAAUUGGCAAAUUAUGAGAAAGAAGAUAUUAACCUCGAAAAAAGAAAGAAACACGCAAUUUCUAAAAAUAACAAAGUGUCAAUGGCAAUUUCUACAGUAGGUUUUAUUUAUGUUAUUUUGAUGCACAGACAUAUUCGAGAAUUACAAUAA